AUGAAUUACAAGCUACCUCCUCCGGAAGUUACGGGUCUGUCUCCUAAAAUGGGAUCUAAAAACGGCGGAACUGUAGUUACGAUUCGCGGUUCUAAUUUUGGUGAAAGUGGUGGUGAGUUGUUGCACGUUUACGUCUGCGGAGUUGACAUGGUGAAAAACACAAAGCACAUUUCUUCAACUAAACUCAUGUGUACAACAUUGCCCUGUCAGCCGUGCACUGGAAACAUCGUCGUUGAAACUAAAUUUGGAGGUUUGGGUUCCUGCGCUGUUGAAUUUUCUUUCGUUGAAAAAGAGAAA